GAGCAGAAACCAUCCAGGUGCAGUUGGGGACGACACAGAGCCACCGCGCAGCGCGCAGGGAGGGGGCCGUGGAUAUAUAUAGAAAGAGGGAUCGCGCUGCGGUAACACCUAGUCACCCAGACGGCGGGAGCCGAGAGCGCGCCGGCAGGGGAGUUCCACUAGCUCGUGCAGCGCGUCCCCGCCCUCGUCGUGCCCGAGGCUGUCCCAGGGAGGAGGGGGACUCAGAACCCGCCACCGGGCUCACCUGCGGGAGGUGCCUCCGAUUGGACCAAACGCUUGAGUUGGCGAGUCCACAGGCUGCGCGCCCGGCUCCCCUGUUCCUGAUGGGACUGGCUCUCCUGUUUGCAAAGCCAGGCCCGCAGGGAGAUGUACUGAACAGUAGCCACCCGCUGGUGUGUCUCCGAAGCUGCUGACCGCCCAGCCCUGGGGUCCACAUGAACAGCUUUCCCAGCAGACCUAGCCCACCACGCUUCUGCAGCGCCAAGCCGGCUCUCCAACGCAGCCUGCUGAACGCAAACCACUGAGAGUUUGCCGUGCAGCCCCUGGGGGCCCGGGGCCGCCGAGUCCCGCUAAAGCAGAGACGCCGGCAGAGCCAGCCAGCGCAGCGGAAGACAAACACUCCGGCGCGCGAGCGAGGGGAGCCCCAGGAGGGCAACCGGGUGGCGAGGCUUGGCAGGCGACUGUCCCUACGUCCGGGGUCGCCUCUCCUGCGGCGGACUGUGUGAGGAAGCGCGCUCCGAAAAGUUCUAGACCGCAGGAGGCGGCGUCCGCACCAGUCCCCUCCUCGCGGCGCUCCAGGAAAAGGAACUUGAUCUACUGGCAGGCUCGAGCUGCUCGCUGAACGUGAGAGCAGAUAGUGCCACUGGCCCCGGGGUGGGGAGCCGCGAGGGGGAGCCGCGAGCCAGGCUGCAGGUGGAGGGCACCGGGCAGCGGCCAGGGACCCCGAUGCCGGCGGCCAACAUGAUGGAGAACCUGCAGCUGCCCGCCCUGCAGGUGCCGGAGUCGCAGGGCGCGCCCGAGGGCAGCGCGGUGUGGUCCAGCUCGUCCACCCCUACGCUCCGCCGCCGGCGCUUUAAGAUGCGCCGGAUGAAGAAUGUGCAAGAGCAGAGCCUGGAGGCCGGACUGGUAGCCCCAGACCUACCCGGCGUCCUGGCCCCGGGCAAGGAGUUCCUGCAGCUGCCGUCCAUUGAGAUUACGCCCUCCAGCGACGAGGACACCCCGUGGUCCAACUGCUCUACACCCAGCGCGUCCCCGCGCCGAAAGCGCUUCCUGCUCCGCAAGUGGCUGAGGGUGAGGGAGCGGAAGGAGUGCAGUGAGAGCAGCAGCCAGCAGAGCAGCCAGCAGAGCAGCCACGACGAUGACUCCAGCAGGUUCCUGAGUCCUCGAGUGCGCCCAGAAAGUGUGAAGGACAAUGUCUUCCUUGGAGAUGGAGAGAAACCCAUUGUGACCCUGCUUCAGAAUGGUCCAGAACUGGGGAGAGAGGUGGGAGGAGCAGAGGAUGUUUGUGCGCACCCAUUCCUGUCCUCAGAAGUGCACAAACGCAGUAGCUCCCUUGUGUCCUCCUUUAUGUGA